CAGCAGCAGGCAUUGCAGAGGUAGGACAAGGGAGAAAGCCUCUACCUCCAGAAGAACCAUCAGCUCAGUAUACAUUUCUAGGGCAAGUCCAGGGACACAUCCUGCAGUGACAUUAUCAGUCAGCGAUUCAUGUCUUCAAGAGAAGAUAAAAGGCCACGGACUAAACACAGGAAGAGAGGAGGAUGGCAAUGGCUCUCAGGGUGACAGCAGAUGUGUGGGCAAGACCCUGGCAGUGCCUGCAAUGGACGAGGGCACUGGGCACUACGGCAACACUGGCCCCCAAGACACCGAAGCCCUUUGAAGCCAUACCACAAUACUCCAGGAACAAGUGGCUGAAGAUGAUACAGAUCCUGAGGGAGCAGGGCCAAGAGAACCUACACCUGGAGGUGCACCAGGCCUUCCAGGAGCUGGGGCCCAUUUUCAGGCACAGUGCAGGGGGAACACAGAUUGUGUCUGUGAUGCUGCCUGAGGAUGCUGAGAAGCUGUACCAGGUGGAGAGGAUGGUCCCGUGUCGGCAAGCCCCGAUGCCCUGGCUGGCAUACAGGGAAUUCCGUGGCCUGAGACGUGGUGUGUUCUUGCUAAAUGGGGCAGACUGGCGCUUCACCCGACUGCAGCUGAAUCCAAAUAUGCUGUCACCAAAAGCCAUUCAAUAUUUUGUCCCCUUGGUGGAUGUGGUAGCAAGGGACUUUGUGGAAAACCUGAAGAAGAGAAUGCUGGAGAAUGUUCAUGGAAGCAUGUCUAUAGACAUUCAGUCCAAUAUGUUCAACUAUACCAUGAAAGCCAACCAUUUUGUUAUUUUCGGAGAGCGUCUGGGCCUCACAGGCCAUGACCUGAACCCUGAGCACCUGAAGUUCACUCAUGCUCUGGACUCAAUGUUCAAGUCCACCACACAGCUCAUGUUCUUACCCAAGAGCUUGACUCGUUGGACAAGCACCGGGGUGUGGAAAGGACACUUUGAGUCCUGGGAUAUCAUCUCUGAGUAUGUCACAAAAUCUAUCAAGAAUGUGUAUCGAGAACUGGCAGAGGGUCGCCAACAGUCCUGGAGUGUCAUGUCAGAGAUGGUAGCACAGAGUACUCUGUCAAUGGAUGCCAUCCAUGCCAACGCAAUGGAACUUAUUGUUGGAAGUGUUGACACGACAGGAACUUCCUUGGUAAUGACCCUUUUUGAGCUGGCUCGGAACCCAGAUGUUCAGCAGGCCCUGCGGCAGGAGAGCCUAGCAGCUGAGGCCAGCAUCGCUGCUAAUCCCCAGAAGGCCAUGUCAGACCUGCCCUUGCUGAGGGCUGCCCUUAAAGAGACCUUGAGGCUCUACCCUGUUGGUAGCUGUUUGGAUAGAAUCGUAGACUCAGACCUGGUGCUUCAGAACUAUCAUGUCCCUGCUGGGAUGCUGAAAACCUUCCAGGUGGAGACACUGAGGCAAGAGGAUAUGCAGAUGGCCUAUCGCUAUGUUUUGAUGCCCAGCUCUAGUCCUGUCCUCACUUUCCGGCCCGUCAGCUAGUCACCUUACAUCUGGGGCCCUAGUCAGUCCACCAGCCUACCUCUGUCCUGACACCCAAGGUCACACUUAUCUGCCAGCAGAGUUUUUUGGGGGGA